AUGGUUAACUUCACUGUCGAUCAGAUGCGAUCCCUUAUGGACAAGGUGACCAACGUCCGUAACAUGUCGGUUAUUGCCCACGUUGAUCACGGUAAGUCCACUUUAACUGACUCCCUGGUGCAACGUGCCGGUAUUAUUUCUGCUGCCAAGGCUGGUGAGGCCCGUUUCACUGAUACUAGAAAGGACGAGCAAGAGAGAGGUAUCACCAUCAAGUCUACCGCCAUUUCUUUGUACUCUGAGAUGGGUGACGACGAUGUCAAGGAGAUCAAGCAGAAGACUGAAGGUAACAGUUUCCUUAUCAACUUAAUUGACUCCCCAGGUCACGUUGACUUCUCUUCUGAGGUCACUGCUGCUCUGCGUGUUACUGACGGUGCUUUGGUCGUCGUUGACUGUGUUGAAGGUGUCUGUGUUCAAACUGAGACCGUUUUGCGUCAAGCUUUGGGUGAAAGAAUCAAGCCAGUUGUUGUCAUUAACAAGGUCGACCGUGCUCUUUUGGAGUUGCAAGUUACCAAGGAGGACCUGUACCAGUCUUUCGCUAGAACCGUCGAGUCCGUAAACGUCGUUAUCGCUACUUACACUGACAAGACCAUUGGUGACAACCAAGUCUACCCAGAACAGGGUACCGUCGCUUUCGGUUCAGGUCUGCACGGAUGGGCUUUCACCGUUAGACAGUUCGCCACUAGAUACUCCAAGAAGUUCGGUGUUGACAGAAUCAAGAUGAUGGAGCGUCUGUGGGGAGACUCUUACUUCAACCCAAAGACCAAGAAAUGGACCAACAAGGACAAGGACGCCGCUGGAAAGCCUUUGGAGCGUGCCUUCAACAUGUUCGUUUUGGACCCUAUCUUCCGUCUGUUUGCUGCCAUCAUGAACUUCAAGAAGGAUGAAAUUCCAGUUCUGUUGGAGAAAUUGGAGAUCAACCUGAAGCGUGAGGAGAAGGAGUUGGAGGGUAAGGCUCUUUUGAAGGUUGUCAUGAGAAAGUUCUUGCCAGCUGCCGACGCUUUGUUGGAGAUGAUUGUUCUUCACCUGCCAUCUCCAGUCACCGCUCAAGCUUACAGAGCCGAGACUUUGUACGAAGGUCCAUCUGAUGACCAAUUCUGCAUUGGUAUCAGAGAGUGUGACCCUAAGGCUGAGCUGAUGGUUUACAUUUCCAAGAUGGUGCCAACCUCCGACAAAGGUAGAUUCUACGCCUUCGGUCGUGUUUUCUCCGGUACUGUUAAGUCCGGUCAAAAGGUCAGAAUCCAAGGUCCUAACUACGUUCCAGGUAAGAAGGAGGACUUGUUCAUCAAGGCUGUUCAAAGAACUGUUUUGAUGAUGGGAAGAACCGUCGAGCCUAUUGACGAUGUCCCAGCUGGUAACAUUCUGGGUAUUGUGGGUAUCGACCAGUUCUUGCUGAAGUCUGGUACUCUUACUACCAACGAAGCCGCUCACAACAUGAAGGUGAUGAAAUUCUCUGUCUCUCCAGUUGUGCAAGUUGCCGUUGAGGUCAAGAACGCUAAUGAUCUGCCCAAGUUGGUUGAGGGUCUGAAGCGUUUGUCCAAGUCUGACCCAUGUGUUUUAACCUACAUCUCCGAGUCUGGUGAGCACAUUGUUGCUGGUACUGGUGAGCUGCACUUGGAAAUCUGUUUGCAAGAUCUGCAAGACGACCACGCUGGUGUCCCUCUGAAGAUUUCUCCUCCAGUUGUUACCUACCGUGAGACUGUCACUAACGAAUCUUCCAUGACUGCCCUGUCCAAGUCUCAGAACAAGCAUAACAGAAUUUACCUGAAGGCUCAACCAAUUGACGAGGAAUUGUCUUUGGCUAUCGAAGAAGGUAAGGUUCACCCAAGAGACGACUUUAAAGCCAGAGCCAGAAUCAUGGCUGAUGAAUACGGUUGGGACGUCACUGAUGCCAGAAAGAUCUGGUGUUUCGGUCCAGACGGUACUGGUGCCAACUUAGUUGUUGACCAGUCUAAGGCUGUCCAAUACUUGCACGAGAUCAAGGACUCUGUUGUUGCCGGUUUCCAAUUGGCUACCAAGGAAGGUCCAAUUUUGGGAGAAAACAUGAGAUCCGUCAGAGUCAACAUCUUGGAUGUUACCCUGCACGCCGAUGCUAUCCACAGAGGUGGAGGACAAGUCAUUCCAACCAUGAAGAGAGUUACCUACGCCGCCUUCCUGUUGGCUGAGCCAGCUAUCCAGGAGCCUAUCUUCUUGGUGGAGAUCCAAUGUCCAGAGAAUGCCAUUGGUGGUAUCUACUCUGUUUUGAACAAGAAGAGAGGUCAAGUUAUCUCUGAGGAACAAAGACCAGGUACCCCAUUGUUCACUGUCAAAGCUUACUUGCCAGUUAACGAGUCAUUCGGUUUCACCGGUGAACUGAGACAAGCUACCGCUGGUCAAGCUUUCCCACAGAUGGUGUUCGACCACUGGGCCAACAUGAAUGGUAACCCAUUGGACCCAGCCUCCAAGGUCGGUGAGAUUGUUCUUGCUGCCAGAAAGAGACAGGGUAUGAAGGAGAACGUUCCUGGUUAUGAAGAGUACUACGACAAGUUGUAA